UUCCGCGGUUCUUCGGGACAAACCGUUUUUCUUCGUGUCUCAACUCGUUCCUCCGGACGAAUCGACGGCCUUCAGCUCUCAUCUGUUUCGGUUUGAGCUGCAGCAGGAACCCUGGAGGAGGAGGAGGUUCUUCAGGUUGAUAUUUCUUGCAGCGCCCCCUCCUCCUCCUCCUCCUCCGGUAUAAAGCGGAGGUGUGACCGCAGCUGCAGCAGUCCAGAGUUCAGCGGCUGAGAGGGUUUUUCCUCCCAGUUGGUUCCUUGUCUGUCCAGCAGAGCGCUGAUACACAAACACAUACCGACUUUACUCCUCUCCAGGGGCGUUUUUUCCCCUUCUCUCAGUUCUUCAGGUGUCGCGCUCCGUUUCCUUUUUGGAUCCGUUUGGAUUUUACGCACAGAUCCGGACCUGCGGCGCACCGAGCCCUGGACGCUCCGACAUGGCGCGUUUGCUCCUGCCGUGUCUCCUGCUGCUCGUAGCGGCGCAGACGGCCCUCUCCUCCGGGGUGUUCGAGCUGAAGAUCGACUCCUUCUCCAGCUCCCGCGGCAUCUGUCGCUUCCAGUCGCAGGACUGCCAGAUCUUUUUCCGCGUGUGCCUCAAGCACUCGCAGCACGUUAUCAACCCGGAGCCACCGUGCACGUACGGCACCGCGCUUACGGAGGUCUUCGGCGCGGACUCCAACUCCAUCUCCGGGAGCGCGCCCAUCAGGGUGCCCUUUCAAUUCAAGUGGCCGGGAACUUUCUCUCUGAUCCUUGAAGCCUGGAACGCGGAGUCUUCAGGUCUGGAGUCUACAGAGAACCAGAACAACCUGAUCAGCCGCCUGGCGACCCGCCGGAAGCUCACCGUGGGGGAGGAGUGGUCCCAGGACGUGGACUUCGGGAACCAGAGCGAGCUGCGCUACUCCUACCACGUGGUGUGCAAUGAGUUCUACCACGGGGAGGCAUGUUCGGCCUACUGCCGGCCUCGGAACGACACCUUCGGACACUACACCUGUGACGACGAUGGGAAACGGCACUGUCUGGAGGGCUGGAGGGGCGAGUACUGCUCAGACCCCAUCUGUGCGGCGGGCUGCAGCGAGGAGCACGGCUACUGCGAGUCACCCGGCGAGUGCGCGUGUCGUCAGGGCUGGCAGGGCGAGCACUGCGAAGACUGCGCCCGCUACCCGGGCUGCCUGCACGGGACCUGCCAGCAGCCCUGGCAGUGCCACUGCAAGGAGGGCUGGGGAGGCCUGUACUGCGACCAAGACCUGAACUACUGCACCAACCAUAAGCCCUGCCAGAACGGGGCCUCCUGCACCAACACUGGUCAGGGCAGCUACACCUGCACCUGCCGGCCCGGGUUCACCGGCAACAACUGUGAGAUCGAGACCAACGAGUGCGACAGCAAUCCCUGCAAGAACGGCGGCAGCUGCAAAGAUCUGGAGAACGACUACUCGUGCACCUGUCCUCAAGGCUUCUACGGGAAGAACUGCGAGAUCAGCGCCAUGAAAUGUGCAGACGGGCCAUGUUUCAACGGAGGAACCUGCGUGGAAAAGUCCACUGGCGGCUACACCUGCAGAUGUCCGGCCACCUACACCGGAUCCAACUGCGAGAAGAGGAUCGACAGAUGCAGCAGCAACCCCUGCGCUAAUGGUGCUCAGUGUUUGGACCUCGGUAACCGGGUCAUGUGCCGCUGCCGGCCGGGUUUCUCGGGUUCCCGCUGCGAGACCAACAUUGACGACUGCUCCAGCAACCCAUGUCGCAAUGCCGGCACCUGCGUGGACGGCGUCAAUGACUUCAGCUGCACCUGCACCCUCGGCUUUACCAGCAAGGACUGCUCGGUGCGAACCAGCCUCUGCGACCAGUUCCCCUGUAACAACGGCGGGACCUGCUUCACCCACUUCACCGGGCCGGUUUGCCAGUGUCCGGCGGACUUCAUGGGUGCCCGCUGCGAGUACCCGGUGGCCACGCCGACGGCAAAACCACCGAGGAGCGACGACUCCCGCCCUGCGCUGAUCGCCGCCAUCGCUCUUGGUUUGGUGACGCUGACGCUGCUGCUCUGCGCCGCCGUCCACAUCCUGCAGCAGUUCCGGCGGAGUCGGGAGCUGGCGGCAAUCGCCUCGUCGGUGAAGAAUGACCUGGAGACGGUGAACAACCGCAACGCCGUGAUCGGAGGCGGAGGCCCGAACAACGGGGGCUUACCUGGAGUGCCACUGAGCCUGAAAGAGAAGGAGGCGCUGCUCAUCCCUGGAGGUCACCUAAAAGUGUCCAAUAAGGACGCGGCGCUGGUGGAGAAAGGCGGUGACAACGUGUCCAUGUUUAAAAACAAAAUGGCCGACUGCAACCUGACAAAGGAGGAGCAGCGUCUGGAAAAGAACAAGUUCGACCUUAAGAAAUGUGACUCUUCCAUCAUCGUCCCUCCUCUCAGUUUUGCUAAGGAGAGUCUGUGUCACUCAGUGUUCAUCAUUCCGGAGCAGACGGAACAGUGUGUGUUCGCUACUGAGGUAUAACCUCGAGUUUUCAGACCGACAGUGGAGAAACUCUAUCGCUGGAGGCCUGAAUCCUUUUCUGUCCAGGACAAAAGUCCCAGAGGAUCUAUUCUACACACACAUUUUUAUUUAUUAUUUAUUACUGCUGCUCAACGGAAAGAAACUAAAGAGAAAUGACUUGUGUUUUUGUUCUGCUUUGAUACUGACAAUGUUCGGAUGACCGUGAGGACGAAGAAAGACUGAAUGUCCGGCGCCAUUUGCACUAUUUAUCUUUUUUAAAAUUUCUUAAAUCUUAAUAUAAUUUUCUGCCUGUCUGUCCUAUUUUAACCUUCUUGGAUCAAACAAGAUGUGAACUGUCCACCAAUCGGAAAGACCGGUGCCUUAGCUACGCUCCCUAAUCACUGUGGCAACGUUUUAACGAUCAAUUUCCCAAUAAGACGUCAAUCAGAUCUCCAGAGGACCUGCCUACGGGAGACAGGAGUUUUAUUUUAGGUCAAACAACGUGAACUUUUCUUUGGAUAAUGUGUCGGAAAGCUGAACUGGAUAUUUCGUGAGUGAUUUUUUAUCAUCUCGCCGUCCGAUUUGUUGUGUUUUUUUGUUGUGUUUUUUGGAAGUGAAGCAUCACACCGUGGCCUGUAGGAAGAAGAACACCAGGCUUACAAUCACCGUCCAAACCUACAAAACUCUGAAGUGCCUCUUUUUUAUAGGAAUCAACAGAAAGACUUAAAGCGCCAGCAUUCAGAACUUCUACUGCAAGAAAGGGAGACUUUUAUUUGUAGAAUUUUGAGCCUAGAAAUCUAAUUUAAAGCCAGGAAUGAGCCUUUUUCCCAGUGUUUAAAUCCCUCAUUUACCUUCUGUGGUCUUUCUUGUUCCCAGAUUUUAGCCUAAAUGAGGUUUCAGGUGAAACAGGAAGAACUUCUGUCAACAGGAAUCCGGAUUUUUUCUUCCUGCGACCGCCGCUUGUUGUACAAAUCUAUUUUUCUAUGAAACACAAAGCUGCAGACUUGCUUCCUCUUCGCUGCCUUUAUCAACCACUGCUGUCACAGCCAGUAAACAGGUAUAUAAUAAAUAAUAAACACCCAUCGUAUUGUUCUGUGACUUUAUCUAAGUCUGAACAACUCUGGGUGAAAAAAAAAACAUUUUUGUACCCGUGAAGGACUCCAAAGAGAGUUUUUAUUCUGUCUUUUCCUGUUUUUUCCCCAAUAAUCCAUUUUGAUACCAAAAAUAAGUGUUUUUUUUUUCCUGUGUAGUCGUGUCGUUGUGUUAUCUUCAUUAAUUUAAGACAACAAUGCAAUGUGUACAUAUCCUCCACAAGACAGUUUUCCUAUUUAAUUUUGCCCUUUUGUACAUAAUUUUUUUUUGUAUUUAUGAAAGAGAAUUGUAUAUAUAUCUAUGUCAUUGUGCCUAACGUCUCAGUCAGAAUCAAGAAAUAUAUAUUUUUCAUAAAUAAAUUAGAAAAACGUGUUGUUUCGCUGUGUUUACUUUUGACUUUUCACCUGUUAGCCGGACUUUUAUCUGUCACGCGAUCACACAUGUAAUCAGUGAGAUGCUCAGACAUGAGGAAGUGUUGAGCAAGGUGCUCUUUUAUGUUUUAUUUUCUUUAUCGGCGCAUCUGAACGUCCAUUAUGUGCUGUAUUCCACUGUUCCGUGUCGCCUUUACUGCCUCUUGUGUUCUGGUUCUCAUUGCUUGCUGACAGCUUUGGGGUUGAGGAGCCAAAGUUGGGCUCUGAUGUGAUGCUAAAUGUACCUUCCAGGUUUUUUUAGUCCUUUUGCUUGAGGUUUAUCCAGCAAAUAUGGCUUCACUUUCAAGAAUUUCAACUCAGUUUGACUUAGUUUCAUUUUGCUUUCCAGUUUUUCACCAUUGCUGCUUAUCCAGUGAGCUAAAGUGACGACGUUCAGUCAUUCAGACGAAGGUCGCUUUUAGUUUCCGUCCACAAAAAUCUCCCAGCGACUGUGACCUGCUGUUAUAUUCUGACCUAUCCUGUCUCCGUGUCAGAGAUUAUUUAGGAUUUUAGCUCAUUUAUAUGGUUAAAUAUGUGCAAUUUUCCAUCCUAAAGGAUCCCGCUGCAGGUUUUUAAUAAACUCAGAGGAAACAAUCCUAAACAACUGGAAGCAACGAGGCUUGAACCUGUAUCAACUUCAUGAUUUUAGAGUGUCUUGCAGUGAAAAGUUUAUUUUUAUGGACGUUUUAGCUGUAAAAGGAUUCAGAAAGGCGUUUUCUGGUUUUCAAAUGGUGUCUUUUGCUCUCUGAUGUUUAAUAUUCCUGCUAAAGUCGCAUUUUGGAUUAAAAUACAUCUUUAUAACUUUAACUACAGCCAGAAGUCAAACUUGCUACCUAAAUUAUCAUUCUAAAAAAUUAUUUGUUAUUUUUUUAUGUGUUUAUUUAAAGAAAACUUUUAAGUUCAGUGCUGAUUGGCUGCCAGUCUUUACAGGUAACCAAUCAGAUUGUGUUGUUUGUUUUUAAUAAUUUUAACGGGAAUCAGGUGAAAUAAAUACAGAUAAACACAAAUAUUUUGCAUUAUUUUGGGGAAAAAAUCAUGCGCAAAAAGCUUUAAAAUGCACAGACAUGACAUGAGAAGAGAGCCGG